UGUUGGGCAGAGCGCUGGCUCGCAGGCGCCGCCGCCCCGCAGUCCUCGGAGAGCGGCGCCCGGGCUCGCAGGUCCCCGCGUCCGUCCGUCCGGGUCCCCGCGUCCGUCCGGGUCCCCGCCGCCGCCGCCCCGGUCCCCCCGCCGUCCGCUCCGCGAUGAAGCUCCUGGCUGGGCGCUGCGGGGCGCUGCUGGCGUGCCUGGUCCUGGUGCUCCCGGUCUCCGAGGCCAACUUUUUGUCAAAGGAGCAUGCUUCUCAGGUCCUGGUUAGGAAACGCCGUGCAAAUUCUAUGUUUGAAGAAACCAAAAAAGGUAACCUUGAAAGAGAAUGCAUUGAAGAAUUGUGCAAUAAAGAAGAAGCCAGAGAGAUCUUUGAAAAUGACCCUGAAACGGAUUAUUUUUAUCCAAAAUACUUAGGUUGUCUUGGCUCUUUCCGAGCUGGAUUGUUCACUGCUGCGCGCCUGUCCACUGAUGCUUACCCCGAUCUAAGGAGCUGUGUCACUGCCAUUCCAGACCAGUGUAGCCCUCUGCCGUGCAACGAGGAUGGAUACAAGACCUGCAGGGAUGGCCAAGCUACAUUCACUUGCAUCUGUAAGCCAGGCUGGCAGGGCGACAGGUGUGAGGACGAUAUAAACGAGUGCAAAGAUCCCUCAAAUAUAAAUGGAGGUUGCAGCCAGAUGUGCGAUAAUACACCUGGAAGUUACCACUGUUCCUGUAAAAGCGGUUUUAUUAUGCUUUUGAAUAAGAAGGACUGCAAAGAUGUGGAUGAAUGCUCGAUAAUGCCGGACAUUUGUGGCACAGCUGUGUGCAAGAACAUCCCCGGGGACUAUGAAUGCGAAUGUGCAGAAGGCUACAGAUACAACCCUGCGCUGAAGUCUUGUGAAGAUGUGGACGAAUGCUCUGAGAACCUGUGUGCUCAACUUUGUGUCAACUACCCUGGAGGUUACUCUUGUUACUGUGAUGGGAGAAAAGGAUUCAAACUCGCCCAAGAUCACAAGAGCUGUGAGGCUGUUCCAGUGUGCCUGCCCUUGAACCUCGACAAGAAUUAUGAAUUACUUUACCUGGCAGAGCAAUUUGUAGGGGUGGUUUUAUAUUUAAAAUUUCGUUUGCCGGAAAUCACCAGAUUUUCAGCCGAAUUUGAUUUCCGGACAUACGAUUCAGAAGGUGUUAUCCUGUAUGCGGAAUCUCUUGACCGCUCGGCUUGGUUCCUGAUUGCGCUUCGUGAUGGAAAGAUUGAAAUUCAGUUUAAGAAUGAAUUUACAACCAAAGUCACAACUGGAGGCAAGGCUAUUAAUAAUGGGCUGUGGAAUACGGUCUCUGUGGAAGAACUAGAAUACAGUAUUAGUAUAAAAAUAGCUAAGGAAGCCGUCAUGAAUAUAAAUAAACCCGGACGCCUUUUUAAGCCUUCAAAUGGAUUCCUAGAAACUAAAGUAUAUUUUGCAGGAUUACCUCGGAAAGUGGAGAAUGUCCUAAUUAGACCGAUUAACCCUCGUCUAGAUGGAUGUAUACGAGGCUGGAAUUUGAUGAAUCAAGGAGCUUCAGGAGUAAAGGAAAUCAUUCAAGAAAAACAGAAUAAGCAUUGUCUCGUCACGGUGGAGAAGGGCUCCUACUACCCUGGUUCUGGAGUGGCUGUGUUUGGCAUAGAUUAUACCCCCGACCCCGCGGCCGGCUCCUGGCAGCUGAACGCGUCGCUGAGCGUCCGCGCGUCGGCGGGCACCGGCGUCCUGCUCGCCCUGGUCUCCGGCAGCUCCGUGCCCCUCGCCCUGUCGCUGGCGGACUCCAUCUCCGAGACGCUUCAGGAUAUCCUAGUGUCUGUUGAAAAUAUUGUAAUAUCUCGGAUAGAGGCUGUCAAUCUGUGUUCCAAUCAACAAGUCCAUCUGGAAUUAAAAGUCAACAGAAACAAUCUGGAGCUGUCAACUCCACUUAAAAAAGAUACCAUCUCCUCUGAAGACCUUCCACAACAAUUUGCCAGUUUGGACAAAGCAAUGAAAGGAACAGUGACCACUUACCUGGGUGGCCUUCCAGAUAUUCCAUUCGGUGCCACACCAGUGAAUGUCUUUUACAAUGGCUGUAUGGAAGUGAACAUUAAUGGUGUUCAGCUGGAUCUGGAUGAAGCCAUUUCUAAGCAUAAUGAUAUUAGAGCUCACUCGUGUCCAUCAGUUUUGAAAAGCACAAAGAAUUCUUAAGGCUUCUUUCCUGUGCUGAUAAUAUAUGUUUCCUGUGCGUAAUUAUACUUAUGUUUCAAUAAUAGCAGAAGGGUUUUCCCUGCAAUGUGCAGACUUUGAUUAUUUUAUGGUACUUUGACUUUCCUGGAAUUUUAAAAAGGUCCUUUUUCAAGAAGAACAAGAUCCUCUUGUGAUACAAAUCACAUUAAAAAAAUUCUUACCUCUAUUGCUGCCUAGAAAUUAAAUAAUGGAAUACACAAACAUUUCUAAUUUGAAUUUUUGCUACAAAUGACAUUUCUUCAUUUUUAUGUUUGUAAAAGUAAAAUUUAAUUUUGUCACCAUGAGCUAGUGCUGAAAUAUCUCUGUUUUUUGGAAGGCAAGGGAAGUAAACUCAAACAAAAGUGCAUGUGACUAAAUACUAUUGAUCAUAGCAGAUCCUAUUUUACUUAUUUGUGUUUUUCCCUAAUGAGGGCAGAAGGUGAGACAGUGACCUAUUACGUACGGAUUGAGUGGAAGGCUUUGAAGCUUUACUCCAAAAACAGUUCCUCAUGGGGACUUAAACUUAGCUUCACAUUUGAACCAGUAGCUUUCCUCCAUAGAAACCAAGUGGGACAAAUUUUCAUGGAAGCACAUGAAUCUUGCUGGUUAAGUAAUUGGAUUUUAUGAGCAUGAGAUACUAGACUGUAUUGGGAUGGAUGUUGAAAUCUUGGGUGGGCAUAGUCCUUAAGUUUGGCUGUGAGUCACAAGAUCUAGAUUAGAAAAGGCAGGACCUAAUAUGGAAAGAAUGGCAGAGAGAAUGAAUAAUGUAGAAGUUCAUAGUUUUCCUUGAAUCCAACUUUAAUUAUCAGAGCAAGUUGCCAGAUGUGAUUGUUGAGAGACCAAAAGAAUUCGGAAAGCUAGGACAGGACAGAGUUGAUAUAGUGUCUUUGGAGUAAGGAGGUGAGAGUGCCACCUACUUGUUGGCAAUGCAUUCCAGGUGACAGUUUUUUCACUCCCACACCUACCAGUCACUUUAGGUAUGUAUCGGAUGUUUCAUUAAAAGUUUUAGGAAAUAAACUUUUUUUUCUACUUAUAGAUAUUUUAUAUCAUGUAAAACAUAAUAAAUUACAGUGUAUUGUAAAAAAA